AUGGAUCCAAACUCUAUAGGGGAGGAUGAAUUACCCCCGGAGUUAGCAGAUGCCGUAAGGAAGUCAUGGUCAGAGCAACAGAACAUGACACGGUUUCCCGAACAGAGUGUGCAUACAGGGAACUCCCCCAUUGGUACGCCCGGUGAGCUUUCUCAGUUCGAGAAAUCGGAGGAUAUGGAUAUUCCGACUGGCACGGCUACACCCUUAAAUAAUGCCAGCAGUACUGUACAGGACUCUUUAAGACUCCUGCACUUCAGGGAACCAGACGCUCAGGAUGAGCCAGAUUACCAACUUUUCAAACACCACUACCAUAUUUCAAAAGAUACUAGGGAAUCAGUAAGCGACAUUUUAAACGAUUUGGAUUUAGGAUCUGCUGACCAAGGUCCACUGUCCCAUAGUGACGACCUUCCUCCAAUUCCACAUCAGCAGCCACAGCAACCGCAAUCUCUUCCGUAUCCAAUGGAGCGUACGCCUUCAAGUGGGACAGGCAUAACCACCAGGCGUAGUUCAAUACAAGAUGUUCAAUGGAUACGGCAGUUACUCAAUCCUCGAAGCUCCUUUUCCGGGAGUUCUGCGAACGAACCUGCAGCUGUUGAGAUGGCGGAGAAGGGUGCAAUAAAGUGUUGGGUUACCGCUUUGAUGAACGAUUCUCCUGAAGCGGUCAAGUCCAUGAUCGUACUGUAUCAGUCUUUGAAGGCGACCAAUUCGAAAUACCGACUAUACGUUUUGUACGAUGGUACCGUGGAUAUAUCGCAGUUGACCAAGUUUGACAUCCACACCGUCCCUCUCGAUUGCGAGUUCUUUUUUAAUGGAGCUACCAACGUGCCGUCUAGUAAAUGUGAGAUGUUGAGAAAUAAGAAGUGGUUUAUUCUUUCCCUCUUUGUGUCCUUCAUUAAUACGAACUACGAGCUGAUAUGCUACAUAUCCCCCUCUUGCAUGGUGGUUGAAAAUAUUGAUGAAUUGCUAGAAAACCAAGAAAUCAACAACGAGAUCGACAACGAGACAUGUGUCUUGCUGAGCAACGCGAAUACGAAUAAUGAACCACCACAGGUGAUAAUCCUGAAACCAAAUAACGAAGUUGCCAUGUGUUUAAGGGAAUUCUUUACACUUUACGGCACAGAUGACGAGAAAAUCAAGAAGCUUUUGACUUUGAACGACUACGACAUACUGAGAGAGCUCUUUGGUGAAACUUGGGCCCAGAUAUCUUCCGAUGGCUACGUUGUUGUAUUAAACGGUACGCAGCGCAGCAUGAAUUAUGCUGAUUUUGUACAAUGCAGCAAUGGGAAUGUGAUCGCUAAAAUCAUUGAUUACAAAAAUGUGAAACCGUGGAAUUUGAAAGGGUUACAGGAGGAGACCACUACGAUAGCUGGUAAAUGGUACGAGGUAUGGCUAAACUUCUGGAAUGAGCACAAAUGA